AUGGCAAAGAGGUGGAUCGAAGAUGCCGAAUCUCACCUCCUCAGACGAGUCGCCCAGCCUCGGCUAUCGGAUAUCGAAGCAUGGCUUCUCGUCACGUUGGACCACUACCUCUCGCAGCGCGUCAGCAAGAUGCUUGUCUCGAUGGCUCUUACAUCGAGGCUCGCUUACAUCCUUCGACUGAACCACGAAGAUCCGCGUCAGAAGUUCCUAGUGCAAGAGCGUCAUCGGCGACUGAUGUGGGCCAUCUAUAUCAUGGACUCGUUGUACUCGAGUGGGAAGACGGAGUUCACGGCCUGUACUCCAGAGACUCUCCAUAUCAGGCUACCAUGCGCAGAAAAGUCUUUUUCCAUGGACGCCCCAGUAAUAACGGUACCGCUGCACUCGAGUCCACAUGAGGAUACAUCCAAUAUUGGCCUGCUUGGCUACUGUAUUCGCGUUCUGGACAUUCGCAACCGCGUGCAAAGACUUACUCUCACGAUCACAAAUCACCGAGAACCCAUCGAUCAAUGCCUGCUCGCAGUAGAGUCUAUCGAAAACGAAUUGCGCCAAUUCUCCGCUAGUUUGCCGGCAAGAUACCAUUGGGACCCUACAGCCUUCUCUCUACGAGCCUUUUCGCCUUCGCGUACCCCAUUCCUGAUGUUACAUGCUUGGUGGCAUCAGACACAUUGCGACCUCUUCCGCUUUACAAUCCCAGGAUUCCGUGAAGGCCUCCCAACUGCUGAGAUAUUACAGCUGUCACCAGACUACACCUCAGCAUGUCGUGAAAAGUGCCUAUAUCACGCUAUAUCUGUUUCCAAGAUCCUUGAGGUACGCAAGUCGAUCGGAGGAUCCGAGCUAAUCAGUGAUCCUUCAAUUGCGAUGUGCGCUUUCCAUUCUGCACGGAUUAUCUCAAGACUCGGACAAUACCCCAUGGGCGAUAUGCCACAGGCGGAGCUUAUCAUGCGAUUGACUGCGUGUGUUGAAGCAUUGGAAGAGCAGGCAGUCAUUCUGCCAACUACUGCGAUACUCAAGAAAGGCAUUAACGAUUUAGUAAAUGAUGCACAACGAGAUCGUCAUGGACCUUACGCCUGUCCCUCAAUCUGGGAAGAGGAGGAGUCAGAAAGCUACAAUGCAGCUGGAGUAUCAAGAGAUAUUAGUGGCUCUGGGGCCAGAGAAGUCUUUUCCAAGCACAGCGUCACCGAGACGGUUCAAAACCUGCAGUUUCAGCCCGGCGAGCAAGGCGACUCUGAAGACCACGUAGACCCUGCGCAGCCAGCGUCUGAUAUGCCUUUUGGGAAUGAACCAGCUUCUGCAUCAGCAGCAAACUUUAUGUCUAUGAACAUCUCGCCACUACCUGAGCAAGGCACUCAGGAUCAAACAGACUUUGGACUCUACCUAGAGGAGGCUGAGCCUCACCUGGACAGUAUCUUCAAUUUUGGUCUUCACGGUCAGUAUGGCUCUGGGCAACCUGAUGUCUUCAUGGAUUCAUUCUGGCCGCUUGCAGAUACAUAUUGGACCAUGCCAGAUGUAGGCAGUAUGUAG